AUAGAAUAUCUCUUUUAGUCCAUGAAUAAGUAGCAUCCUCCCUGGGGUUCCUAGAUCGGUGUGGCACACGGUGGUGUCAUCGGGUAUUCGAAUUGCGAGCCCAAUUAUGAUAGAACGAAAUUUUACCUCUAUGAGAUUCAUUACAAAAAGGAAGAGUCUGGAUUGAGAUGUGACAUUUUUAUGGGCUACAAGUAAGAUAGAUAUUCGAAAAUAGAUAUUAAUGUGUCGAAUUUGCUCGAAGGUUUUUUGUGUUGAAUUAUAAAACCAUGUUUACAGAUAUUUAAAAAGCACCUGAUAUUUGGAACUUGGAAACUGUGGAAGAUUUGACAAAAGAAUCUGGAACAUAUCCAUUUGUUGGAUUCAAACAAGGUGGAAAUGAGUAAAUAUAGAAUUCAAAUGUUAGACCACCCAAAUUUGGUGAUUUACUACUAGCUCCAUAAAGUGAACAUUAACCUUGGGGUCAUGUUGCUGUAGUUGUAGGAGUGGGAGAUGGAUACAUUGAUUUAGCUGAACAGAAUUAUGAGGAUGCCGGUUGGAUUGCAGAAUCGUAUUCCAGGAGAGUCAAGGUGGAAUGCAAAGAUGGCAAUUACUUUGUCACCUAUAUUAGAGUUGGGUAUAUAGUACAAUUUUACUAUUGUUAAGAUUUGAAGAUCAAUUUAACUAGUCUUGGGACAAGGACGAGGUAAUUAUUGGUUGGAAAAGAAUAAUAUUUAACUGAGCGUGUUAUCAUA